AUGGACGAAUCCGGCCUCCCCGUCUCGCCGACCACCUCGCACGACGAUACGCGCGGCCGACGUCGCGAUCGAGCGGGCAGCGAUGACGGGAACGGGGACGGCGACAGCAACGGCACGGGUCCGGGGUCCGCGGAACAUCCUGGGUCGAGCAAGAAGCGACGGCGCAGUCGGAAAGGACUGGAUAAGAAGUUUGAGUGUCCGCAUGAGGGGUGCGGGAAGAGCUAUUCGAGGGCAGAGCAUCUGUAUCGGCAUCAGUUGAAUCACAACCCGAAACAGAUAUAUCACUGCGAUUUCCCCGAAUGCAACCGAUCAUUCGUCCGCCAAGACCUAUGUGCUCGACAUAAGGAACGCCAUACCGCUCGAGGCUCUCAACUCCUCCGCAAAGACACGUACAUGACGAACACCAAUGCGAACCAUAUCGUGAACAGCGCACUUAAUCCUAACUUCCAGAACAACUCGUCCUACCCAGGCGCACAAUCUCAGCGGUUAGUCGAACGCCCCUUUAUCACACCGUCCCCCGUCCUUGCUGCAACCACUUUCGCUCCUCACUCGGCCUCUCCGCGCGACCACUCCCUGCCGUCGCCCUCAUUCGAGGCUGCCACGCUCUCCAGCCGGUCCCGGAGCGACGAGAGUUACCGCAUGUUUGACGCUGGUCCUCGCGCCAUCCCGGCCCAAUCGUUCCCCAGCCCGCAACGGCAAACCUCAUUCGGCAGCGGAGGCUACGGCCAAUUUGCGGGCUCCCAAUUGAAUCCGCCCUUAACGCCUACGUCGACCACCAACUUACCUGCUCUUAGUCUCAACUCUCCCUACAAUUCCGCUUCCGGACAGUCCCAACCCUCGAACGCGAUGGAGACCGAAUAUAAUCCAAUGAACCAAGUCUCAGAGACAUUAAUGGAAAACAUACCUAACUAUGCCAUGCCGGUUUUUGGGGGCGAUGGAUACAGCCGGUCUCCAUUCGCCAUGGCGGAUGACUUCGCUGCUUGGUUAUUCAACAACGACUCCACCGUCAAUCCUGGGGUUUCGCCGAUGGGGUAUAGUGGGGGCGUUUCGGGGAUGAUGGCCCAAACUCCGGUGGGUUUCCAGGCUCCAUACUUCAGCUACGAUCCGACGGUGAGCGGAUGGAACUCGCAACCGGCGCCUCCAACGCAUCCGAUGGCCGUGAACAGCAUCCUCGACACGAACAUGGCGCAGUCACUGCUGUCUGAAGAAAGGAGACUGCUUCUCAUCGAUUAUAUCGACCAACACUUUGUUCACGGCGGCCGUCUCAUGAAGGCAAAGCGGGACGAGAUCCUGGAAGGAAACCGAGAUGACGACAAUCAUCUCCUCAGUCUACGGAUGAUGCAGAAAUACAUUAGCUCGUUCUGGGACCAUAUCCAUGGCCAGAUGCCGAUCCUGCACAAGCCAACGUUCUCAGCAAACCAGUGCUCGGAAUUGCUGUUGCUUUGUAUUAUGGCGCUCGGUGCCUCGUGUCUCGAUAAGCGGUAUGGCAUGUCCAUGACGACCAACUGCGCCGAGUUAAGCAACUUUUUGGCCUGGCACCUCCGAUGGGAGAUUUUCAUGCACGAGGAUUUCAGGCCGCCAGCAAAACUAUACGUCUUCCAAGCGCUAUUACUCCUCGAAACGUUCGAGAAGAUGUUCUCCGACCGCGCCUUGCACGAGCGGGCGCACAUCCACCACGCCACGACGCUCACGCUCAUGCGUCGCGGCAGUUCGUUGAUCGGUCGCCCUGCGUCCGACUCUCCGCCAAGCGUCAAGGAUCCGAAGACGGAGGGACGCAAGAGCCACGCGAACGUGUCCGGAACCAACACGCCGGACGACUGGUGGAACAAAUGGAUCUCAAACGAGGCGACUCGUCGCGUGGCGUUUGCCGCGUUUGUGAUGGACUCGAUCCACGCGACCAUGUUCGGCCAUUCGGCGGUCAUGGUGGCGCACGAGAUGCGGUUGCCGCUCCCCUGCGACGAGACGAUGUGGUCCGCCACCAACGGCGCCGACGUCGCGCGGAUGGACCAAGACCUGACCCGUAAAGGCAUCAAAUCCAUCACGUUCCUGGAGGGGUUGAAAAAGACACUCAACGGGCAGGCGGUCCGUACCAACUCUUUCGGCCGCACCAUCCUCAUGGCCGGCCUCCUUAGUGUCAGUUGGCACAUGAACCAACGCGACCUCCAAGUGUCCUCCCUCGGCGGCGCGCACGCGCUCGGCGGCCGCGACAAGUGGCGCGGCGCCCUCACCCGGGCCUUCGACUACUGGAAGCAAGACUUCGACACGGCGCUCGCGAAAACCAGCGAGCUCGCCCCCACCACCUCCACCUCCGCCUUCUUCAACAAUAACCCCCCCGCGCCGUCCGCCCCCUCCCCCUCCCCCUCCACCUCCUCCGAACACGGCGACUAUGUCUUCGAGUCGCGCAUCGUGCUGCACCACCUCGCCCACAUGGCGACGCACGUGGACAUCGUCGACUGCCAGAUCUUCGCCGGUGCGACCCGCCUCCUCGGCCGCUCCAUCACCCCGCAGGACUACGCUGGCGCACAGCGCCGCAUGAAAGAAGGCUGGGCGCCGUCCGCCCGAGCGCGCGACGCGACGUUCUACGCGCUGCGGUUCCUCACGCAGGUACUGGUCCCCGAGGAGGUGUCGUCCGGCGGGUUCGGAGGCGCACCGGAGUUCACGUACUCGGCACGCGAUGACGUGUUGCUCAACCGGCCGUGGGUGCUGUACUUCGCGAUGCUGAUCGUGUGGUCGUACGGGUUCGCGCUGGACGGGGCGAUCCGGCCGCUGUACGGUCUGGGAUCGCACGGGGAGCAGGUGCGCGACAUGCAGGGGUUCCUGCGGCGAGUGGGCGGGGUACGGGCGCCGGAUGACCUGGCGACGGUGGCAAAUCGGAACGCGUGCUUGGGGAUGUUGAUUUUGUUGCGGGAUAUGUUUCGGCAGGCGAGGUGGACGUUGUUGUGGGAGGCGAGUAAUUUGUUGGGGAAUUGCGUGGAGAAGUUGACGGGAGAGAGGGCGUAG